AUGGAUCUCAUCUUAAAGAUACUUGUUUACCUUCAUCUGCUUUUUGGUAAGUUUUUGCUCUUGGCUGUGAACGUAUUUCGUCUAUUUCUUUUAUCAAAGUUAAAGCCUAUGAUCAUCUGUCUUAACAUGUUUGGAUGGAAUACUAAUGCUACUAUUGCUGUAGUACAGUCAUGCUGCGGUCUUACACUUUAUCAAACUUAUACUUUAAAAGGCAAAUGUACAUAAAGACAACACUUAACUACUACUACUACGACGACUAUAGUCCACUGUUUCAUUUUCUUUUAAACUACUCUGUUGUAUUAAGCAGUGGUGGACAGUCAAAAGUGAAUUUAGCUGAGUACUGAGUACAUAUCUUGUGCAGUAUAUUAGUUUGACUGCUACUUUUAUGUUAGGGUAAGUCUUACAUCUGAAAAACACAUAUUGUACCAUAGACUUCACCAUGUGUCUAUAAAUGCUCUCCUUACCUGCUGCUUUCACUCUUUUUUUGCAGUUCUGUGUGAAGUUGUUUGUGUAUGAAUAAGAAUAAACUUUAUCUAUGGAGCUACGUUGAAGAACAGUUGUCACACAGUGCUUCACAAUAACCAGUUAAAAUAAUAAAACAAUGAAAAAACAACAUACAGACACCUAUGGUACUGAACUUUUCUGACUCUAAAUUGAAAAAAAGCAGAUCAGACAUAAACAAAGGGAAUCCUACAUAACAUAUGAGUUAAGUUGUGCUCUUUGUCCACCACUGCUUGAAUGUGCUAAUAUAUACAGUUAUACACAGUACUGCAGUAUUCUGUGCAACAUUAAAUACAGGGCUGUAUCUAAAUUGGUAACAAGGGCCUCCCUUUAAACUUGACUGACCAGUCUAGAUGUGGCUCCAAAUGUCUGUAGUAUGCUAGGUUGUUUGAUUCAUUUUGCAGGUUUUCCAAGAAGUUUAUUUUGUAACAGAGAACAUACAACUUUAUAAAUCCUUAAGAAAUUAAACCAAGAACAUCGAUACAUAAACUGUGUGUCUCUCUCAGGUGUGCUCUGUGUCCAGGUGUCAUGGCUGCCCUGUCAGUUCAUCGAUGAACACGUGUUUAGAAAUAAGGAAGGCUACAUUGAGACUGAGCUCAUCCACAGAGAGGCUCUGCUGCAGUUUGGUCAGAAAGGAGACUCUCCUCUAAAACCACAACUUAUCACUUUCCUGGUCACAGGUGAGACCUACAGCCUGGAAGAGUUGCCCAUUAGAAAUGACUGGAUUAAUUUAAUUGUUGUUUUGUGUUUUAGGGUCUAAGCUGGACCUGAGGCGGUUCACAGAGGAAGAGGAAGCAGAGCAGUUGGAGUGUGAGAUUCGUCGAUACAGCACAAAGGGGAUUCAUGUCCGCUGGCCAGUCAAGGGGGACGAGGAGUACAACAGCUGGUUCACCUGCACCCUCAGACACAUUAAGGACCUGUUCACAGUCACUGGCUUUCUCAGACAACCAUCUGACCGGGCGCCAAGUGGAGUUCAGGACUUCUUCAGUUGGUCUGUUAUUGAGAACAGAGAGAUCCUGACCACAUCAGGUAACAUCAGUGAAGUGUGGUGGACUUAUCAGCUUAAUAGUUUAAGCUUCAAUGCAUCUAUAAAUCUUCCUAACAACCCUUUUGUAUGAUAAGCAUUCAUAACAGCCUAUAGUGAUGGUUAAAGUAGGUUAGGGUUAAGCAGAAAUGAAACCAUAGGAAGGAUCCAAGUGUGGUGGACUUAUCAGGGUUCUGAAAUUGCCAAAUCUCCCCCGACUGACUUUGUUUCACUUAAACCAAGCUUUAAAAAUAAUAUCUCUGUUUCAUCUCUUUCCAUAGUUGCCAUGGUCACCAAAACAAGCUCUCCAUUAGCAAAAGCAGGCCUGGGUUCGAAAACAAGGCUCCACUGUCAGUUUGCCGUUGACCACAAAGCUCCUCAGGUAACUGUGGAGUGGCACAGGUAUGAUCGAGGAGGGUUGAUCAGACUCUUCAGUCACAACAGCCACACAAGACAGACUGAGGGGAGCGGGGUUGAGCUGACAGGCAUCGCUAAUGGGGACGCCUCCUUUACUGUGCACUCUGCCGAUAUGGACAGUGAAGGACGGUACAUCUGCUCUGUGUCUGUGAAUCCAGUGACCAUUAAUAUGGAUGUAAAUCUGCAGAUCGAAGGUGAGGAGACUCAGAGGUGCUGUAGUUGAAUUUCAGACUAGAUUGACACUAAAGGUGUUUUUUUUUAAAUCUGAAUCCUACAGCUUUUGUCAGAGUAUGAAGUUCAGCUGUUAUCAUUUUUCUUUUUUUUUGCAGAGUGGAUCAUAUAUUUGAUGAUAACCCUGGUAUCUUAAAACAUAAGCUCUAUUUUUGCAUAUUCUGUGUCUUAGUCAGGGGUUUCCAACCACUAGUCAUUGGUUCAGUACUGGACCUUUGGCAAAUUCAAACUGGGCUGCAAAAAACUUGGCUCGAGCCAAGAGGAUGGAUGUGAUUAUGACUUUAGAGGAAAGGGGGAAUUUGAACCAGUUUUUACCCGGGGCAAAUUUGGAGUAAGGUGACGACAGUUUUUAACUCCAGCUGCAGUUAACACACAUAAUCCAGGAUGUGGUGCUACAACAUUUAAUAGAAAAGCUGUCCUGGGUCAGCUUUUGUGGACAAAGCCCUCUGUGCCCAUCUUUCCUCUACAUGUUUAAGAAAUUAAAAAAUCUGAUUCUGCUGACACAGCAAAGUGAGCUACCUGUGUGAAUGUGCUGUAUAGAAAAGUCCCCCUCUGAUGAAGGUGCCUAAUGUUUCACACAACUUUGGUAAUGACAGGAACUCAUAACUAAAACCUCACACUGUUGUUCCCCUCUUUUAGAGGCUCCUCGUGUCUCCCUCAAUGUGGGACCCUCCCUCUCUCUGCAGGAGAACGAGGAAAUGAAGGUGAUCUGUACAGCAGAGCAUUACUACCCUCUGGAUGUGGAGGUUAAUUGGUACAGUGAAGACCUGUCCAAGCCAGGUCAGAGGGUGGGUGCUCCUCCUCCGAAGGGUGUGGACGGAAGACGUUCCAUAAUUCCCCACGACUUUGUGCACUCCAGCCACAAGAACAACCCAGACCACACAUUCACGUUGUCAUCUUUCUUCUACCUUGAAGCCUCGUUAUUUAACUCGGGGAGACAGUUUACAUGCAGCAUCUCCCAUCGGUCCUUGAAAGAGCCCAUAACAGAGAGCUUCACCCUGAGUGUAAAAGGUAGGACAAUCGAUUGGACUGUAAUACUGACAGCAACCACAUGAAGGCAGCAGAGGAUUGUGUCUAACAUGACACCAUGUUUUCUGUGCUUAGGACCAAACUUCUGGCCAGUGUUUCUCGCUGUUGACUUCUUUUUGCUGGUCAUCCUGUACAAGCUGCUGCCUCCUCUGUGCUCAGGUGAGUGAGGAGAAACACUUAGGAUUUUAAGAGUUAACAGACAUGAAUGUUUACCUAUUUUCACAAUGAGUGUUUCAUUUCACUGUUGUUUGCUGUGACAAAUUAUAUUUUAUUUUCUUUACAGGUAGAAGAAAAUCAGUGCAGGUAAGGUCAUUAAAAAACAAAAAUUUUGUUCACUUCCUUUCUUGAUAUGUUGCACACUGUCUUUAAUUUCUGUAUUAAUGUGUUUGUGUAUUCUGAACAGAGGCUACCAUACUAAUCAGAGUCUGCUGACCAACCGGAAGAAGAAUUUUUGUUUGUUUUCAUAAACCUGAUUAUUUUUUGUGUUUGUGCUCAAAUAGUUAAAAAAAUGUGAUACUGAAGUGUGUGAAGGUGGGUUUUAUGCAGUGAAAUGAUAAAUACAUAUGGACACCAAUUUGGAGUCAGGGCUUUGAUUUAGGAGAGCAUACACUGGGAUUAGAGAUGAGAUUGUCAUGAAGCCUGAUGCAUUUGUUCACAUAUAUCCUCUAAUGAAGGGAUAACAGAAGUGGUGUACCUCUGGGACUGUGUGUUGCUCCUUCAGCUGUGUGUAGGUGGCAGAGGUGUCAUAAACAUACGGAUCUACAGAGGUGACGAGACCUUCAUCUCCUAAAAGCUUAAUUUUACUGUUAAUAAGAGAAGCAGGAGGAAUGGCUGCAGAAAACAAGAGAACAAUCAAGGAUUUCAGGUGAACUCAAUAAUUGCCUUAUUUGAGACAGAAAUGGUAGAUUACACGUGGCCCUGAAUCUUUACUUUUUCCUAAUAGGUUUGGUAUGUGAGAAGAGAUGAGCAGGAGGGAUGUUUUGUAGAGAUCCUGUUUAUUUGCAAAUUAUGAGCGGGGACAGUGUCACUUUACCUUUGCAAGCACCCUGUUGCUACACCAGUGCUCAAGAGUUGGUGCCAAAUUAUUGUUAAAGCAAUAGAAAUACCAAAAAAUAAGCAAAAUUAAGAAGCUUAAAAAAGGCCUUUUCCCCUAACUUGUGAGUACUUUUAGUAAGGCUUAAUUAACUUCAUAAAUAGAACAAACAUUAAAUGAUACAUCUUGAAAAUUAUCCUAAUUAAACUAUGAAUUUUAAGGAUUAUAAAACACAUUUGGCCUCUUUUUAACAGUUAGACUUCAACAAUUAAAAACUGUCUUAUUCAGUUAAAUUACUUUAAAUUUCAUCCUUUGAAAUUAUAGGAAGCUAUUGUUCUUUUGUUUGAUUGUUUUUGUGUUAUGUAAUGAAUUAUGUUAAUAUUUAUUGUACAGGUGUGUAAAUCUGAGUUUGUAUAUGUGUGUACAAUUUAAUGCUUUGUUGGACUCAAUGGGUUUUGGAAUAGUUCUUAGACACGUUGGUAAAUAGCUGAUUUUUGAUCAAAUAAAGUUAUUUUAAAAAAGCUUUCUGGCCAUCAUCUCUCAAAUGAAAAAAAAAGACCUUGUAAUUACCUUAUUCAGAAUAACAAGAACUUAGAGGAAGUAUAAGGCUACUUUUUCAAAACUAUCUUAGUGGUAGAUCUGCCUCGAAUAACGAAUAGAUUUCUUUUUACAAAUAAGUAGUUCGUAUUACUUACAAAAUGCCAAAAUCAAGCUGAACCGGAUCCACUUUUGUCUAUCGGUGUCUUCACGGCGCCUCUACUGGACACAGCAAGUACUGCAAGUUUUUAAAGUAGGUAAACACGGAGCCAACUGUUUAUAUUUCACUCAGGUGGAGUUCUGCAAAGUGCUUCGUAAGGAACAGCAACAAGGACUUUUAGCUUUAUCUCCUCUUUAUCGAAAGGGUAACGUGUCCUCUGUUUGUUCUCACCGACCAAAGAGUACAACCCCAGAAUGAGUGAUUCAACAGCAUGCGGAAGACCUGCAAACUCAGGGGCUCGGUCGUUGUAUUAUGAAAUACUGGUGCAUUCAGAAAUGACUUACAGGUGAUAGUUUAUUCGCCCAUCACGUGGUUUGAGGGGCAGGCAGAUCAGUUUAUAUUCGUGUAAAAUGAAAGUGAAAGUGUCUUUGCAACUGUGACAAACUCGAUGUGGGCUGCAGUACGAACCACAAGGAGUUCUUUCUGGAAAUUACCAUGGAGUUAAUCUUCAAGACAUUUAUUUACCUUUAUCUGCUUUUAGGUAAGUUACUGUCCGACUGUGUAAUCAUUGUGAUGUUUUUAAAUGUGUUUUUAAGCAAGAGACAGUGAAGUGUCUUUACCUCAACAAGUCAUGGCCUGUUGUUGGCUGCUGCAGUCAUCUUAAAGCUCCUGUGAGUAGUUUUCAUCAGGGUUUAAAACAGACUGAAAUGAAGGCUGUUGUCUCCAUUUGACACACUAAAGCAAACAAAACCAUCAAUAGAACUAUAGCUGAAUAUAGCUGGAAGAUAAGUGUAGGGGAGAAAAUGCUAGACUGUGCUUUUAUUUUACUCAAUGCCAAACCACACUGUAUUGUAGUACAUUACAUUAUGUGUACUUAAAUAUUUGUUAAAGCUCCCAUGAGCAGUUUUUUUAACACCUUUGAAAUGGACUGAAACUCAUGGUGAUGCAUUUAUAUGAAUUCCAAAAGCAAAAUACUACCAAAAAUGAGCAUUUUGACUGUCAAAAAAGCCAGGGGAAUGUUUUUUUCCUCCUUCAGUCAACGCCUAAAAGUAUGUUAAGAAAGUAGACUAUUUGUCCACAGAAAGAAGCCACAAACCUUAAGCUCCAAAGCCAUAAAUAUUGCCAUAAACAUUAAACAAUCUGAAACUAAAUCCUACUUUUCUACAUUUUAUCAUACUACACCAAAGAAUUUUCUCCAUGUAACCUGGUAAGUAAAUAAGAUCUCAAUGUUAUGAGAUUCAAGUCAUAUUGUUACAAAAAUGAAGUCGUAGUUAAGUCAUAACAAGAAUAAAGUCAUCAUGUUAUGAGAUUAAAGUCAUUAUACAGCUGUAGAUUUGGUUCAUGUUGAGCAGCCAGCUGUCUGUAUUAAAAUGAGGAAUGUGGAGCAUGUUAUAAAAUUAUCAUUGUUUCUGCACCCAGGUAACACACGUUUAUAAGUGUCAGGACUGAAAAGAUUGUACAGAAAGCUGAGACAUGUGGUAUUGUUAACUAAAUUAAUGUGAAUAUGUUUAAACUAUGAUUUGUUGUCAUGAGAAAAUGACAAUAAAAAAAAACAUCUUUGUAAAGGAUUUUUAAAUCUUGAAAAAAGUGAGUAAAAAAAAUUACCAAAUAAAUGAAAUUAGUCUAAACUACUCUGUGCUAUGAUUUAAAAAACUAAAAGUUCCUGCACUCUGACUGACUGUGUGUCUCUCUCAGGUGUGCUCUGUGUCCAUCAGGUGUCAUGGCUGCCCUGUCCGUUCAUCGAUGAAUACGUGUUUCAAAAUAAGGAAGGCCACACAGAGACUAAGCUCAUCCACAGAGAGGCUCUGCUGCAGUUUGGUCAGAAAGGAGACUCUCCUCUAAACCCACAACUCAUCACUUUCCUGGUCACAGGUGAGACCUACAGCCUGGAAGAGUCGCCCAUUAGAAAUGACUGGAUUAAUUUAAUUGUUGUUUUGUGUUUUAGGGUCUAAGCUGGACCUGAGGCGGUUCACAGAGGAAGAGGAAGCAGAGCAGUUGGAGUGUGAGAUUCGUCGAUACAGCACAAAGGGGAUUCAUGUCCGCUGGCCGGUCAAGGGGGACGAGUAGUACAACAGCUGGUUCACCUGCACCCUCAGACACAUUAAGGACCUGUUCACAGUCACUGGCUUUCUCAGACAACCAUCUGACCGGGCGCCAAGUGGAGAUCAGGACUACCUCAGUUGGUCUGUUAUUGAGGACAGAGAGAUCCUCACCACAUCAGGUAACAUUGGUGAUAGCUUCUCGGUUUAAGCCUCAAUGCCUCUAUAAACCUUUAUAACAACCCUUCUGUGUGAUAAUAAGCUUUAUUAACAGCCUAUAGUGAUGGUUAAUGUAGGUCAGGGUUAAGCAGAGAAGUAGCCAUCAUGAUUCCUCAUGAUGGCUACCGACUGACCCAUGGGGCAAAAUCUUCAUAAAUGGGGCUAGUGCACAUACCACCAGGCUAGAUAAGAUAAGAUAAUAAAUCAUUUUUAAAUCAAUAAUGAAGCUGAUGUGGAAGUGCAAAAGACUGCAGUUCCUCCAAUGCCCACUUGAGGCAGAUCCUCAAGCUUGGAAAUCCCCACUCUGUAAUAAGAAUCCCAGAAAACACAAUCAGGACCAAACUUAUAGGUUCACAGUGAUCUGCUGCAUCCAGACAGGACUUCAAUCUGUGAUAGAGAGAGAGGCAGUAAUGGAUACAUAGAAAAGCAAUGAGAAGGAUUCACACAGCAACACAUCUUCACAACAGAUACUCCUGAUACUCGCUUAUUUGUAGCGAGAUCAUUUCUACAUGGAAAUGCAAUCAAACUGGGACUCUAAAGCAGAAGAACUACCGCAUCUGCAGUGCAAAAUGAUUAAUAUGGUGAUUAUUACUUUAAGGAAGUGAUAAAGUAAUGAUCAUAAAUGUUCUUCCUUGAGCUGCGUCACCCCGCUGUAGUCCAUAAAGGACUGGCCUGAAGUCUUCCUACAAACAAGUGGCUGCUGGAAGAGAGUCAGUGAGCUGUGUUUAGUCUCUUUGCUAAAGAAAUCAGGCAAAGCUAAAAAGAUGUUUGGUAGCUAGUGCUGUGGCUGGGACCCUAUAUGUACUGUUGAUGAAGUUAGGUGCUGUUCUGAGCAUUAUUUGUGGCUAUAGAGUGGCGUUUUGGUUGAGGUUUGGCUCCUCAGACCGCUGUGUAUGGCUAUCAUGCAGACGUUACUAUAGUUGGUAUAACUAGAGAAGUAAGCAGUCAGCAACAUUCAUCUCUCGAGGGGGUGUCUAACUCGGUGUUAUGGUGUGUUUGAGCCCAAAUUAAUUUUAAGACGGAAUAUCCCUAUAACUUUAUCUCACAAAAAAACUUCAAUUAUAUAAUCUCCCUGUUUAAUCUCUCUCUCUGUAGUUGCCAUGGUCACCAAAACACGAUCACCAUCAGUGAGAGCAGGUCUGGGCACUGUACAGAGGCUCCACUGUCAGUUUGCCGUCGACCACAAAGGACCGGACGUGACUGUGGAGUGGCACUUUCAGCACAGAGGAGAGAGGACCAGAUUGUUCAGCCAUGCCAGCCGCACAGGAAAGACCCAGGGGGGUGGGGUAGUGGUGAAGAGUCUAGCAGGAGGGGAUGCUUCCCUCACCAUCCCCUUCACUAAAAUGAGCAACGAAGGGAGGCACAUCUGCUCUGUGUCUGUGAAUCCGCUCUUCGCCAGUAUGGAUGUAACUCUGCAUGUUGAAGGUGAAGAAGAGUCUGUGGUCAGGCUGGACUUCUGCUUUAUGAUAAUCAAUGUUCAGCUGAAGGCUCUGUCUGUAGCAGUUGAUGGCCUAGCUUCACUUCAAGCUCUCUGGACAGUUUCUCAACAAAGCGUUCAAGCUAUUAUGAGUGAUAACCCUUCAAAUGUAUUGAGAUUCCUCGAAACAUACGCAUGUGUUUUUACUGUCUCUCUCCCUCAGAGGCUCCUCGUGUCUCCCUCAAUGUGGAACCCUCCCUUUCUCUGCAGGAGGGCGAGGAGAAGAAGGUGAUAUGUAUGGCAGAGAAAUACUACCCUCUGGAUGUUGAGAUAGUGUGGUACGUUCAGGAUCCGUCUGCGUCAGGCCAGAGAGUGGGUGCCCCUCUCCCGAAGGUGCUCCAGAACGUCCUACUGUCCAGCCAUAAAAACAAUGUCGACCAAACCUUUUCUCUGUCGGCUUUCUUCUACCUCGAGGCAGCGCUCAGAGACUCAGGGAGACAGUUUACAUGCAGCGUCUCUCAUCAGUCCCUCAGAGUGCCCAUCAAGAAGAGCUUCAUCCUGACUGUUGAAGGUGAGGGUAGACUGCAGUACUCAGAGUGACCACAUGAGGGCAGCAGAGGUACAUACCUGUCUUUAUGCUUUCUGUGCUCAGAGCGGACCAGCUGGAUGUUUUAUCUCACUGUGGGCUUCAUUUUGGUUUCACUGUUGAUCGUCCUGUUUGUGAUGCUGUCCUACCUGAGCUCAGGUGAGUCUGGAGACCAUUAUUCUGUCAUUGUAAGAAGCUGAAUUAAAAUUGCAGCAUUGAAAAGGUUAACUCCACUGAUCCCCAAAGAGUUUUGACACAGGGAAAAAUGUUGACAAAUCACACAGCAGUAAAAUUUGCUUUUUUUUCUGGUAAUUGAAAACAAUAUAUAGAUUCAAGAUAUGGUAUUCAAACUCAUGAACUUUACUUUUGUUUUUGCUAAAAUUAGUUUAUUGAAAGCUCAAGUGAGGAACUCUGUGCUGUCUUUGGCGUCCCAUGUUGUCAAGGUGGACGCAUCACUGUUCAUUUCAGUCUUUUUCAUAACCAAACAAAAACCCCGUACAGGAGUAACGAGUUACUAUUACUAGGCGUUACUAAGGAGUUACUUCAUAUUUUGAUACCUUCAAAUAUCAGUUACUUUGAGUCCUAUUUUUUCUGAAAACUGAGUUUAAAAGAACCAGAUCAGGUGAAGUAUUGUCAAAUCUCCCCAGGGACUUUUUGUGUGACUGAUUUUCAUUUAUUUUCUCCACAGUCAAACGAAAGUCAGUGGAGGUAAGUGAUUGGAUGUUUCAUUUUUUAAUUAAUGCAUCAUCAUUAAUAUAAACCAAUAUUAAUGUCCAUGUGUCUUUUUGUGUCCUGAGCAGAAGAAGCCGUACUAA